AUGAAUAUUUGCAGAUCAUUUGGUAAUCCAGUGAAAGUUGAUGAAACAACUCUCAAGAAAGAGAUGGGUUACUAUGCUAGAGUUUUAGUAGAAACAGACUUAUCAAAAGCUAUUCCUAGCAAGGUACAAGCUGAGACUAAGUAUUGCAGCUUUGAACAAGCAGUGCAAAUUCCAAAUAUACCUAAAUUUUGUUCUCAUUUUUCUGUUAUUGGGCAUUAUGUUACUGAGUGUAGGUACAAGAGGAAGGAAAAAAUUCCACAGCAAGAUAAUCCAGUACUUGUAAAGACUACAAAGGUUUGGAGAAAGGUGAAUAAUAAACAGAAGAAUAAAGGUUUUGAUAUUUGCUUUACAGCUGAGGAAUUGGUAGCUAUGAAAACUUCAUCCCAUCAAGAAUUUCCUGGUUUAACUGUUGAUCAAGUAAUUCAAGAUGUUAAUAGCUCUCCUUCCUUAAAUUUUGUUGCUAAAUUGAUGUCUCCAAUGGUUUUUGUUGCUGAACCAAAGGUGAGUGUUACAUUUAAUUCCUGCAAGGAACCAAAGUUUCCUAAUAUGCAUAGAAAACUAAUUCAUAAUUCUACUAGUUCCAAGAAAGGAAAUAUCUGGGUGUUUUGGAGUUUAAAUAUUUCUGCUCCUUCAGUGAUAUCUAUUUCUUCUCAAGCCAUUACUGUGGAUGUAGGAGGUGUUUCAGUAACUGUUAUUCAUGGUGCUUGCCUAACUGUGGAUAGAAGAGAUCUUUGGGAGGAGUUAGAAUUUAUAAAUUCUUUUGAUAAACCAUGGCUUUCCAUUGGUGAUUUUAAUACAAUUAUGUAUGCUGAAGAGAAAAAGGGAGGAAGGAGUCCAUUAACUAUUUCUAUGAAUGAGUUCAACAACUGUUUAAAUACAUGUGGAUUGAUAGCUAGUACUAGAAGAAUAGUGUGCAAUUUGGAUAGAGUUAUAUAUAAUGCAAAGUGGUUGGAUACUUAUCCUGGCUGGAAUUACAAAGUAAUGGCUAGAGGGACAUUAGAUCAUAAUGCAUUAAUAGGGGAAAAUGCAAUCAGGCCAAAACCUGAAAAUGUUCCUUUUAGAGGUUUAAAAAAUUGGAAUAUUUUUGGAGAUGUAAGAAUAAAGCUACUGAAUGCUGAAAAAGAAGUAGUCCAAGCAGAUAAUAUUGCUUUAUUGGAUAAGCUUGUGGUUGCAAGGAGGAAGAAAGAAAUUUUGUUACAACAAAGCAAUGAAAUUGCUCAACAGAAAGCAAGAGUGCAAUGGUUGAAAGAAUGUGCUUCUAAUUCCAAAUUUUUUCAUACUUCUAUUAAGAUCAGGCAAAGUCACAAUACAAUAUCUGAAUUGGAGAACUCAUUUGGCAACAUAGUCUCUACUCAAAAAGAAAUUGCGGAUACUUUGGUGGAGCAUUUUGAUAACAAAUUUAAGUAUCAAGAAGUAAGAUUUGCAGAUGGGAUUUUUGAUAAUAUUCCUAAAAUCAUAAAUGAAGCAGACAAUAAAAUGUUAAAUGUUGUACCAACAAAUGAAGAAAUAUAUUUAGCAUUUCAAGAUAUGGAUCCUGAAAGUGCCCCUGGCCCAGAUGGUUUUGCUGGUUGGUUAUAUAGAAGUACAUGGGAUAUCAUUGGCAGUGACUUAUGUUUAGCAAUUCAAUAUUGUUCGAGCCAAGGAUUUAUCCCAAAAGGUAUGAAUGCCAAUUUUCUUACUCUUAUACCAAAGGUGCAAGGUGCCAAGAAAGCUUCUUAG